AUGGGCAACGACGCCGAUAAACGUUAUGGAGUCGUGCUAGAUGCUGGUUCAUCUGGCACCAGAGUUUACAUUUACAGAUGGCUUCAAAAUUCCAUCGCCCGGCUCGAUCAGUCCUCCCUUCGUGCCCUCCCAGAAUUGGAGACCAAAGACAAGUGGACCAAGAAAGUCCAUCCUGGUGUUUCAACUUUCGGCGCGACACCUGAAUCAAUCGGCCCAGAACACCUAAGACCUCUUCUUGAACACGCUCUGGAACAUAUCCCAACAGAUGCCGUGCCUCAGACACCUAUUUUCCUGCUGGCAACGGCGGGGAUGCGACUGCUCCCAGAUCAACAGCAAAAAGAUCUCCUGCGCCAUAUUUGUUCAUACAUUCGCUCCGAAACAAAAUUCUCCCUUCCUGAUUGUGAUGUGCAUAUUCAAGUGAUACCCGGCGAGACUGAAGGAUUAUAUGGGUGGAUCGCUGCAAAUUAUUUGCUGGGUGGAUUCAAUUCGCCCGAAGAGCAUGACCAUGGCAAGGGACAUCACACCUACGGUUUUCUAGACAUGGGCGGUGCUUCCGCGCAAAUUGCCUUCGCACCAAAUUCCACAGAAGCAGAGAAGCAUGCAAACGAUUUGACAUUGCUCAGACUCCGAACAAACGAUGGGACAGCGCGCGAGUACAAGGUAUUUGUUACAACGUGGCUGGGCUUUGGCGCAAAUGAAGCCCGUCGACGAUAUGUGACAGAUCUUGAGGAGUCGUACGGGAUUGAUGGUUUACUGGAAAUGCCCGAUCCGUGUUUGCCAAAAGGACUGAAAUUGACGCUAGACGGGACCAUAAUAUCGGGUGACUUGGACCCAGAUUCCAAGCAUUUACUUGUCGGCACUGGCAAGUUCGACGAAUGCCUUCGCCGUACAUUUCCGCUACUGGAAAAAGACAUGCCCUGUCCAGAUGAGCCUUGCUUGGUUCAUGGCGUCCACGUUCCAGCAAUAGACUUCGAUGUCAACCAUUUUAUCGGUAUUAGCGAGUACUGGCAUACAACACACGAAAUUUUUGAAAUGGGCCACCAAGACAAGGCAUAUGAUUUUAACACAUACCAAAGUCGAGUCAGAGAUUUCUGUGAACAAGAUUGGUCGGCCAUCGAGCAAGGGAUAGCACAAAAUACAUGGGGUAAAAAGGUGGACGAAAAAACAGCCCUAGAAGUUUGUUUCAAGGCUUCGUGGCUUAUAAACAUGCUUCAUGACGGUAUAGGCAUUCCACGAGUUGGCAUUGAAGACACGUCAUCCUCAACUCAUAAUGGAACGAAAGAACUUCUAGAAAGCGGAAAGGAGAAGGGGUUUCUUGAUCCUUUCCAAGCUGUUAACAAGAUCAAAUCCACGGAAGUCAGCUGGACAAUGGGCAAAAUGGUACUGUAUGCUUCUGCCGAAGUUCCAGCCGCUGUCGAAGGAGAUCUGCCCGUUGGUUUCGGCAGCAACGUACCUGGUAUCCCCAAGGACUUUCAAUAUCCAGGAGGUGGAAAAUUGCAAGACAUUCCUAACUACCAACCCAAUCAGACGUCAAGCACAGAAGGUUCCCAAAGUAUCACAGGUCAAAUCCACGACACCCUAUUCAAAUCGGACGUCACCCACCGCCUCCCUGGUUUUAUAUUCUUCCUUCUCAUUCUCAUAAUAGCCAUAUUCUACCUCUGUGGCCGCGAUCGCCGGUCUCGAAUCUACAACUCCAUCUUCCCACCUUCCUCGUCGUCGUCUGCGAAACUCAAGACCCCAUUUACUCUUCUUCAUAAGCUCCUCGAUCGCCGCAACGGCAACGUUCGACUUGACCGCGACCUGGAAGAAGGAUCACAACGGCUCUACGACCCUAAUGAUUUCGAACUAGGCAACAUGUCUUCCUCUGACGAUGAUGGCCUCGGUCUCGACGCAGACACUGCUUUUUCCAAAUCCAUCCCCCGCCCAACAUCACAGGGUAGGAGCUCACCUCGAAGUAAACGCAACCUAGGCCGAUUGACACCUGACGUGAUGGAUCGCACGGGGUUGGUGGUCAGGACGGAAAGCCGCGAGCGCCUGGGUUUGGAUGUCGCUAGCGGCCGAUCUAAGAGCCGUAAUGGAAGUCCGAUCAGGCUGAAAUGA